AUGUGCCACUCACAGUCAAAGCCCUCGCAAGUCAAUUUUGCGGGCUAUGGUGGACGGAACAUGGUUCAGGUACAUCAACCCUUCUCAGUCUCCGCUAAAUAUGCACAGGAUAGGCAUGUAAGACUGACUCUCACCUCCUCUUGGUGCUGCCUGGUUGACACCAACGAGAGCAGCGCGACGACCUACAAUGCCCUGGCAGAAGUCUCGAAGAAAAGAGACAUGGCGCACUUGUGGCCAGACUUCGACAGAUUUGCUUCUUGA